CUGAGACCUUGUUGCUUGGUAGCUCCAAACAACAAAUUUCCGUGAAAAUUUAGAGGCCUUUGGAAUGUUUUUAUGAGCAAUAAACUUUCGGAUAUUAAGAUGAAUCAGUAUAGAAAUGUUAGCGCGCCAUUGUCGACCUCAACCGGUGGAAAGGCGAAGAGUUCCCCCACUACAAGCUCCACCACCCUGGCAGCAGUGGCCUUCCAGGACCACAUCAUGCGCAACCUGUCCCUGUCCGACCCCCUCAGGGCCAGACGACCCCUGCCGGUCAAAGGUCACCACCAGCGACCCAAACACAUCAGACCCGUAGUGGACACCAGGAGGAGAAGACCCAGCUCGGACACUAAGACCAGGAAAGAAGAGAUAGAAGAGAAGGAGUAUGUGCUGGAUCCUAAACCUCAGCCAUUAUCACUGGCCCAGAAGCUGGGUCUGGUGGAGGCUCCCAAGCAGCCCCUGACUGAGGAGGAGUGGCAGAGUGUGAAGCAUCGCGCCAGUCGCCGUGACGACCAUAUCCAGCCCUGUGUCAUCUGUAAGGAGGAUUUCGGCACCCAGGAACAGGUUCUCCUGUCCUGCUCCCAUGUGUUCCACAAGGCUUGUCUCCAGGCCUUCGAGCGCUUCAGCGGUAAGAAGACGUGCCCGUUGUGCCGCAGGGACCAGUACCAGACUAGGGUGAUCCAUGAGGGCGCCAGACAUCAUCGUGUCAAGUGUGCCACCAGAAUCCAGGCGUGUUGGCGCGGCUAUGUGGUGAGAUGUUGGUACAGAAAACUGCGACAAACUGUUCCACCAAAGGACCCCAAACUCAGACAGAAGUUCUAUGAAGAUAAGUUUCAGUCCAUCACAGACCGGAUAGUCCAGUCCUGUGCGUACAAUAUCGAUGACUUCCUGUCGGAGAUCGACCGCUCCGUGCAGGCUAGUAGGGAUGUGUUCAAGUUUUUUGACGAGAAUUCGUGGAAACCGUUAAGCGAAGAAGAGUGGGAGAAGAUACAACUCAGGGCUGUAGAGAGGGGCGACACAGACUGUCCUAUAUGCAUCAUGCCAUUAACCUCAGAAGGUCAUAGUUCAAAUGAUGGACCAAUCACAUCACAAGAUCAAACACCAAGUACAAGACCAAGCAAAAGAAGUACCCCACAGGUUGUCAAAGGACAAAGGUCAAAGUGUAGCACCCAAGGGUCAAAGGGUGAUGCACAGAAGUCAAAGGUUAAGAGGUCAGAGGGUGAUGUACAUGUACAGAGAAGACCCACAGUACUUCUGUCGUGCUCGCAUGUGUUCCACAGGACUUGUCUGGAAGCAUUUGAGGAGUUUGCAGUAGGGGAGGGGAAGUUUGUGUGCCCUGUGUGUAGGUCUAGCUACCAGAAGAGAAUAACAUGAUGUGUAUGGUCAAUAAUACAUAUUAGGGUAUAUCUCUCAACUUCUGAUUAAAAAGAGUAUCUUCCACUAUAUACAAGACGUCUUACAAUACACAUGUAUACAUAUGAUGGUUGUUAUAGUUCGACACUCAACACUUGUUAUUAAUGGCUAUCUGUGGCUAUAUUAAUGACAAAUAGCCUUUGAAUCACAUGAUACCAUAAGUCUUUUAUAGAUUGCAAUGAAAUUUUCCUGAGAAAAAAAUGUGUUGACUUUUAUUGCGUAUAAAUGAUCUUGAACACUAAAAGUUGGUAUAACCAAUAAAAAUUACAGACACAUUAUUUAUAGAUUUUUGCAUCUACGAGAAGACAAAAAGUUCUAUGCAAUUACAGUAUUGGAACCUUCCUUGAGACAGACAUCUCUGUCAACCAACCCUACUUUGGUAUGCUGCGCGUCUUCAGUCGUUACAGCUGUAAAAGUUACUUUAAAAGGGGAAAUAUUCACAAGGAUUUAAUUUUGUGGUAAGUGGUUGCAAUUGUUUUAAUUUCACAGUUGAAAUAAGGGGCAGGUGGACAGGAGACAGAACAAAAUACUCUCCAAGUAGAGGUUAGGCUGCAAAACGUGAAGAAAACAGACGUACAAAAUAGAAAGCCCUAAAAAAAGGCAGAAAACAGCCAGAGCCAACCUCCGCUUUGAGAGUAAGAAUAAAAUUGUUUUUAGUGGUUUUACCUUUUCACCACAAAAACAUGCUCACAUAAUCCCAGCAACAACAUUUCCCCAUUUAUAGUUGGUUGGUAAAGCCAAGGAGGUUAUCUAAGCUAAAUCUCAAUUGCUUGUCAUUUAGUCAAAAA